CUUUUUUUGGCUUCGGGAGACGUCUUGCAUUCUCGCUGUCGUCCGCCCUAGUUGAACUUCCGGCGCGAAGGUCACGGACAAAAUGGUGCCCCCGGUUCAGGUCUCUCCGCUCAUCAAGUUCGGCCGGUACUCCGCUCUGAUCCUCGGCAUGGCAUACGGCGCCAAGCGCUACAGUUACCUGAAACCCCGGGCAGAAGAGGAGAGGAGAAUAGCAGCGGAGGAAAAGAAGAGACUAGAUGAGUUGAAACGGAUUGAGAGAGAACUGGCAGAAGCUCAAGAUGACAGCAUUCUCAAGUGAGGCGUCAGUGAGCUUGCUUUCUCUAGUCGUUGAGGAUGAAUAAAGUUUCAUGGUGUGAUGCUCUGGC